GAGCUGCAAGCCAGGAAAUGCCCAGGAGUGUGUGUCACCUGCCCCCGACAACUUGUUGAUUCCCAGGAGCACCGCCUUUUUGGUCUGGGCCCCGGAGAGGACUCCUUCGCUCACCUGUCCCCCAGGCGCGGCCCGGGGGAGCUCCUGAGACGCCCCCGGGACCGCUCGCGCUUCAACUCCACAGCCAUGAGCAAGUUGGGCAAGUUCUUUAAAGGGGGAGGCUCUUCUAAGAGCCGAGCGGCUCCCAGUCCCCAGGAGGCCCUGGCCCGACUUCGGGAGACUGAGGAAAUGCUGGGCAAGAAACAGGAGUACCUGGAAAAUCGAAUCCAGAGGGAACUCGCCCUGGCCAAGAAGCACGGCAAGCAGAAUAAGCGAGGUAGGCUCGGGUCUGGCCCGCGGGCACGAACCCUCACCCACCUACCUCCCGCCCUUCCUCUGGGGACAGUCCGCCCACAGCACUCCAGUCCCGCAGGCGGCCCGGAUGAGUUGAUGGCAGAACUUGAAGAAUUGGAGCAGGAGGAAUUAAAUAAGAAGAUGACAAAUAUGCGGCUUCCAAAUGUGCCUCCUUCUUCUCUCCCAGCACAGCCAGACAGAAAGCCGAGCAUGCCUUCCGCUGCACGUCGAUCCCGAGCAGCAUCAUCCAGGAGGGCAGAAGAAGAGGAUGAUGAUUUCAAACAACUGGCAGCUUGGGCUACUUAAACUAAAAUGGAAUUUUUUUGAUGCCUUAAAUUAAUGGGCUACACAUAAGACAUAACAAAUGUUUUUUUGCCAAGUUUAGAAGUUAACGAAGACUGUGUUUUAUAUUUAUACUGGAUGAAUAAUUGUCUUUUAAGCCUCAUAAGUAAAAGUUAAUAAAGGAGUUGUGGAUAAAUAUGGAAUCAGUGAUGGAAAAGGGCUUCCUAGCAGUGUCUUAGAGGAUCCCUCCAUACUGAUGGGAUGGGGGCCUGUCUGUCUGUCUUGUUUACUAUUGUAUUUCCAGUCCUGAUAUAUAGUUUGUAAUCUCUAUAUAUAUGUUGAAAGAAAACUGAAUUCUACUGGCUAUAAGACAUAUGACAGUUUAAAAGCCAUUUGAGAGUGAUACAUUUAGGAUAGCUGGUGAAAAUAACAUUCUUUUCUAUGUGAAUACAGGUUCGCUUUGUGGAUCCAUGUAGCUCAUGGUAAAUGUAAACACAUUGUGUUUCUCUUAGGAGAAACUUUUUAUAGAGGCGUCUUGUAUAAGUCUAUACAUAAGUGUUUCACUUGAAUUUUGCAGUUUAAAAUCUUAAAGGAGCUUUAACUGACAUUUAUUAUACCAAUUAAGCUUGGAAUGGGGCAACGGAUGCAUUUCCCAAAAUGUCUGAAAGCACUAACAGCUUACACUGCUGAGUGAGAAUCUCCUGAGUGUAAUUUAGCCACUUAGGCAACUGCGUUAGCAGUCCCAGGCCAUUAUGAUGCUGUUAUUGCUUCAGCGUACUAAAUGUGCGAGUGUUCUUUCUUUUCUGUUUUGUGCUCUCUUGUACAUUUAUUUACACUUUACGGCAUAUUCCUUGUAAAUACAUAAAAAUAUUGGCAAUUAAAAGUAUAUCUUGAAUA